AUCUACUGGUAGUGCUGGCAAUAGAGGAGAAAAAUAUCAACUGCUCCGAAAAGAGGCAUUUUCUAUCGGUUGUAACGGUUCCUCAACGGAUAACGGUUCUAUCUGACGCCGGAUACGGAUAAUUGACAUAACUGGACUAACCGGAUUUAUGAGAAGAAGAUCAUUGCCUCAUCCCAGGACCCAUGGACUAAAUGGAUGUUAAAACCACCUUUCUCGCCAAGUUUACCACUCAUCAUCGUCCAAUCAUCAUCGUCCAAUCAUCAUAGUCCAAUCAUCAUAGUCCAAUCAUCAUCGUCCAAUCAUCAUAGUCCAAUCAUCAUAGUCCAAUUAUCAUAGUCCAAUCAGGAUCUUUGAACAUGAACAAUCUGUUCCUCUCCUUCAGCUGAGACAGACUGCCAGUCAGUAACCACAUAGUGUAACACUCUCUGUAUCAGGACACUGUCGUCCACAUCUAUUGGAGGAUCACUGAGUCUCAUUAUCACACCUUUAACCCCUCACCCCCAGCCCUUGACCCUUAACCCCUGACCCCUAACCAUGUACGGCAGCUCCCGCUCCGUUGCCAAGAUGGAGGGCAACAACGGCAGCAGUCAGAGUCCCGGUCGCUCCCCCUGCCUGCCCCGCUCCCCGCGCCUCGGCCACCGCCGCACCAACAGUACAGGAGGCCCCGGGGGAAAGACCCUCUCCAUGGAGAACAUCCAGUCUCUGAACGCGGCCUAUGCCACCUCCGGACCCAUGUACCUCAGUGACAACGAGGUCAUCUCUCAACAGACCCAGGCCUAUCCCAACCCCAACCACGACCCUAGCCUGCCCAAGAGCACCAUGACCCUGGGUCGCUCCGGAGCAAAGCUCCCUUACGGCGUCCGGACAACCGCCAUGGGCUCCAACCCCAACAUCAGCCAGGGAGGUGGAGGCUCGUCCAUGCCCAGUGACAGCAUCGUGUUUGGGUGUGACCACGUGUCCUCGUCCCAGUCCAGCCUCCAGCAGGCGUCCACGGUGCCUCACUCCUUACGCCAAACCAGAGACAACACCAUCAUGGACCUCCAGACCCAGCUGAAGGAGGUGCUGAGGGAGAACGAGCUCCUCCGGGGGGAGGUGGAUGUGAAGGAGAGCAAGCUGAGCUCUUCCAUGAACUCCAUCAAGACCUUCUGGAGCCCCGAGCUGAAGAAGGAGAGAGCCCUGAGGAAGGACGAGGUGUCCAAGAUCUCUGUCUGGAAGGAGCAGUACAGAGUGGUACAGGACGAGACUCAGGUAAGAUCCUGGAGUCACUGGCAGUACAUGUAG